CCAGGCCGGCCCGACCAAACAGUCCCGUCGCUUUGCGGGAGGAGAGCGCACCGCGAGGGGAGAGGGACGAGGAAGGGGAAGGAGAUAGUUCCACCAAUGGAAACGGCGGAGGUGCUGGCAGCCGCGCCGGACGCCGCGGAGAGCGAGGUUGCGGCGGUGAACGGGACGGCAGAGGAGGAGGAUGCUGCUGAUGCGGCGGCGGCGGUGGCGUAUUCGUGGCCUCAGCUCCGCUUCGAUCUCCCGCCGCUCCGCCUCUACCACUUCGCCCGCCAGUUCCGCUCCCCUUGCUCCUUCGCCGCCAGUAACUUCCUCAAGGGAGUGAAGUGGUCGCCCGACGGAUCCUCCUUCCUCACCAGCUCCGACGACAACUCGCUCCGCAUGUUCUACCAGCCGGAGGAUGCAUACAGUACUGCGGCGGAACACACUGCAGAGACCCCAGUUGGAGGCGAAGAUUCCUACGGUGCAAGCCUCCAGGUGAACGAGGGCGAGCCUGUGUAUGACUUCUGCUGGUACCCCUACAUGUCCGUGUCUGAUCCAUCCACUUGUGUAUUUGCAAGCACUAGUCGUGAUCAUCCAAUACACCUCUGGGACGCCACCACUGGCGAGCUUCGAUGUACUUACCGAGCAUAUGAUGCCAUGGAUGAGAUAACAGCUGCACUUUCGGUAUCAUUUAAUUCCACAGGAUCCAAGCUCUUUGCUGGAUACAACAAAGCAAUUAGAGUGUUUGAUGUUCAUCGUCCCGGUAGAGAUUUCGAGCAAUACUCUUUGCUUAAAGGGGGUGAAGGGCCAACUGGUAUUGUAUCUUCAAUCUCGUUCUCUCCUCACAAUGGGAUGCUUGCAGUUGGCUCGUAUAGCCAGACAACAGCUGUUUAUGCAGAGAGUAAUAUGGAGCCAUUAUAUGUUUUACAUGGCCAGCUUGGGGGUGUUACACAGGUGCUUUUUUCGAAAGAUGGAAAUUAUUUAUAUACUGGAGGGCGGAAGGAUCCAUAUAUAUUAUGUUGGGAUAUACGGAACACUUUGGAAAUUGUUUACAAGUUGUACAGAUCAUGUGAUGCUACUAAUCAAAGAGUACAAUUUGAUAUUGAGCCAUGUGGCAAACAUCUUGCCACUGGUGGGCAGGAUGGCAUGGUCCAUGUUUACGACCUUCAAGGUGGUCAAUGGGUGACAGGCUUCCAGGCAGCAGCUGAUACUGUAAACGGUUUCUCCUUUCAUCCGUACCUUCCUCUUGCUACAACAUCGUCCGGUCACAGAAGAUUUGGCAUGCAUGAUGAAAUGGAAGAAGAAUCGAGCUUGGCAGGUGAUGAGAACUGCUGCUCUGUCUGGAAGUUUUCUUGUUCUGAAGAAGCUUGAAAUUGCAUCAAGCCCUGAGCAGUGGAGAUACAAGUGAAGAUUUUGGACUGCAGAUCUUGGAGCAAGAUGGUGCGAUGAGAUUGGGCUAGCUGGUAGCAUUCUGAGUCUAGAUGAGAAAUUACUUGCAACAGCACAAAGGGCCAUGGGAUGCAGAACACUAAAACGGUACUAAAAUCACAUGGUACCAAGGAGUUACUGGUUACUAAGGAAAUUGCCGGCUCUCCUGCUCCACACCGUGCUGGGUAACCAACUAACAAUUGAGCUGGGGAAUUGUAGCUGGUAGACCAUGACAUUACGUGAGUGUUUUUUGGGUGUGGGGAGCUAAUUUGUAUCAUGAAAUGUACCGACCGUAUUUGCUUGUGUAAACCCACUUUUACGUUAGUGGAUUAGACUCUGAUCCCAUUCAAAGGCUUCUGAUGGUCUUUGCUUGUGUGUGGUGGAUUAGAUUCUGAUCCAUAUUUAGGAUCUGUUCUUCUUUCCAUGGUUGCAAAUCUUGUAAGUUGGCAAAUCAGAUUAUGUCGAAGUGUGGUGAUAAUACAAGAAUAGCCGAGCAGGGGAUGAGUUAGGAUUA